UAUGGUCAGCAUCAGUGAAGCCAGAGAUUCCUGAACCUGCUUGGCUUCUUUUCUUGGUUCUUCUUCCUCCAUCAAUCACUACUCCCAUUUUCAAUCUCUGUUAAUCUUUUCACAGCCCGAUAUAAGUGAUUAUAUAUAUUUCUUCACGCUCUCCGAGGACCGCCGCCUUAGUUCUCCUUUGGAGAUUCGGGAGUUAUUCCGGUGGGACAUAGAUGCGGUUGAGAAUUAUUGGUAGGUAACUUUCAUUUCUAGACUGCACGAACACUGCGGAUGGACUGGAUUAUUUAAUGACUGUUACAUUUAAUGUAGCGAAAAUAUUUGAUAUCAUGUUACUGAUUAUUGUUUGUUCGAGAUUGAAGUGCGUGAUUGAGGAAAUCGAUGCGGGCGUUUAUAUGUCUGUACAAUAUAUAAUAUAUAUGUUUUUGCUGAUGCAUAUGGAGUUAAUUGGGAAUGUGUUUGUUUCCUAACUCUUUUAUGUUGUUCCAUUUAGAUAUCUCUGUAAAUGGCGGAUCUCAAAGAGCGGUUGCUUCCACCGAAACCUUCAUCUGCUAUUAAUCUUAGGGAGACAAUUAAUAAUCGACCAUCAGCCUCUGGGAGGGUGCCUUUUCAAGGUGUGGAUGUUCUAGGGCUGAAGAAGCGAGGGCAGGGACUUAGAUCUUGGAUCCGAGUAGAUUCCUCUGGGAACUCCCAGAUUAUUGAGGUUGAUAAGUUCACCAUGAUGCGUCGUUGUGAUCUACCUGCGCGUGAUUUACGUUUGCUUGAUCCUUUGUUUGUUUACCCUUCAACAAUUCUUGGUAGAGAGAAGGCUAUUGUGGUCAAUCUAGAGCAGAUUCGAUGCAUUAUAACAGCUGAAGAAGUUUUGCUAUUAAAUUCCCUUGAUAGUUAUGUACUGCAGUAUGUGGUAGAGCUACAGAGGCGAUUGAAAACCACCGGGGUUGAUGAGGUUUGGCAGAAUGACGCAAAUCAUGGAGCUGACUUAAAUCGAAGAAGAGGAAGCAGGACUUUCGAUAAUGUAUUUGGAAACACCUCUCCUGAUUAUUUGCCCUUUGAAUUCAGAGCUUUAGAAGUUGCUUUGGAAGCAGCUUGUACAUUUCUUGAUUCCCAGGCUGCAGAGUUAGAAAUCGAGGCAUACCCGUUGCUAGAUGAACUUACAUCCAAAAUCAGUACAUUAAAUUUGGAGCGGGUCCGCCGCUUGAAAAGUAGACUUGUUGCCCUGACUCGUAGGGUUCAGAAGGUUAGGGAUGAAAUAGAGCAGCUCAUGGAUGACGAUGGAGAUAUGGCAGAAAUGUAUCUGACUGAGAAGAAAAUGAGAAUGGAAUCCUUUGUUUAUGGCGAUCAGUCUGUUACUGGAUACAGAUCAAUUGAUGGAGCAUCUUUUUCUGCUCCUGUUUCUCCUGUAUCUUCACCACCCGAAUCUCGCAAGCUCGAGAAGAGCCUGAGCAUUGCCAGGAGCCGGCAUGAGAGUACGAAAAGUUCAGAAAGUUCAACUGAAAAUAUAGAGGAGCUUGAGAUGCUUCUUGAAGCAUAUUUUGUUGUCAUUGAUAGCACCCUGAAUAAGUUGACAUCGUUGAAGGAAUACAUCGAUGACACAGAAGAUUUCAUCAACAUCCAGCUGGAUAAUGUACGUAAUCAGUUGAUCCAGUUUGAGCUGCUACUCACUACUGCAACAUUUGUCGUUGCCAUUUUUGGGGUGGUAGCUGGAAUUUUUGGCAUGAAUUUUGAAAUACCAAUGUUUGGGAAUCCUGAUGCAUUCAAAUGGGUUCUUCUAAUAACAGGAGUAAGUGGAAUCAUCAUAUUUUCUGCAUUUGUUUGGUUUUUCAGAUACAAAAGACUGAUGCCACUCUAAAGAGAGAAUUGCUGGAGGUAACCAAACGGAAUGCCAUUGAUUGUAUUAAUUAUUUUUUUUCUUCCUCUUAAUUAAUGUUAACAUUAAGUGUAAGUAGAUGUAGGAUAAACUUGGCUGAGCUCGAGAAAUUCAUCCAACUCAGUUUUGGAGCCUUUGUUCUCUCUACUUACUGUGAUUUAGUUUGUUGGAAUGAUCUUAUAUUUGUCAGUUAAUAAAUGAUACGAAAUCAGAUACAGAUUGAAAUUA